AUGGACGAGGUUGACGACAUUCUGAACAAUAACCAGGUGGUGGACGAARAGGAGGACGACGAAGAGAUGCUGAGUGGGCUGGAAAAUGACUCUAAGCAGGACCUCGAGGGGAACGAUGACGGUGAUGACGAUGAUGAUGAUGAUGACGACGACGACGACGAGCAGGAAGAAGAAGAUGAGCAAGGCGAUGACAACGAUGAUGAUACCGCAAAGGAAGGCAAGACCGAUACGUCUAUGGACGACCAGCGUGUUGGCCGAGAGUCUUCUGCUGCUGCAUCGGCAUCGGCAUCUGCUGUUGCUGCUGCUACGGACGGCUCUGAAGAGGGUGAAAUUGAUGAUGGUGAUGGUAACGGUGAUGAUGAUGAUGAAGUUGAAGAUAAAGAUGAGGAAGUGAAACCUGAGGAGUCUUCUCUAAAUGGAGAGGUGUACGAGUACUACAAGCACAUGUUGCAGGCUGCACAGAUCUCUGACUCGUACAAUAUCUACCCCACGGCAGCUAUCCCCAUUCAGACGCACGUCAACGCGCUAGCGGUGUCUAGAGGGCUCAGGUACCUGUUCCUGGGCGGCAACGACGGCUACAUCAGGAAGUACGACCUGCUGAACACGCUCGAGGGGAAGCUGUCCCUGACGAUUUUGCAGAAGCAUUCGCUGGCUGAGUCUAUCCAGAAUGCAGGUAUAUUGCAAUCGUACUGGGAGAAUGAGAUCCCGCAGAAAAAAUCGGAAAUGAAGCUCUCUGCCAACAAGGCCGAGUACGAGCCCAAAGUGAGUCCCGUUCACUCCCUUGAAGUGCAAAGCGAGUGUCUUUUCAUUCUAAGCGGGCUGCAGAAUGGUGGUAUCACCAUGCAGGGCGUUCGAUAUAUGGAGGGGAGCAUUGCCCACUAUUUCAAGGGCAGGAACGGCCACAACCAGAUCGUCAAUAUCCUGAAACUGAACGGCCAAGAGGACAGAUUUCUCAGCGGUUCCUGGGAUAAACGUCUCUUGGAAUGGGACUUGCAAACAGGUGAUAUCGUUAACGAAUUUCAGAAAUCAAGGUCAGAGUUGUCGUCUUUGGAAAUGCGCCCACUGUUUUCUUCCGUUGAUGUUUCCAGUAACGUCAACAACGGCAAAGAGAACGAAAACGCCGAUGACGAUAUGGAUUCGCUGUUCGGUGAUGAAGACGAAGAUGAAAAGCAAGAUACCGACAACGACCCCACCAAAACGGACAACGCGUCUCAUGACGAACAAAGCAAGGAACAGAUAUGCAGAGAGUCUUUAAAUACAGUCUAUGACGAAUCGGUGUUCAUGACUUCCGGAUUGAACGGCUCAAUACAUAUUUGGGAUCGACGCACGACCCAGUCGCCCGCAUUGAACCUGGAAAGAGGCCCAAACAUUCCACCAUGGUGUCUGUCAGCGUGUUGGGGAGUAGAUGGUGAUCAUGUGUAUGCAGGGAGAAGAAACGCUUGCGUGGAACAGUUUGACCUGAAAAUGCCCUCGAAACCAAUGCACAACUUGAAAUUGCCGUCCAUUUCGGGUCCCGUCUCCUGUGUGAAAGCCAUGCCCAAUAACAAACACAUACUAUGCGCAUCCAGAGAUAACAUUAGACUGUACAACGUGGAUGUCGCAGUGGCAGCUUCAAAUCCCUCUACCAAGAGUUCUAAAGUACCGUUCCUCAUCGUUCCUGGUCAUCACGGUGGCAUUAUAUCAAACUUAUACCUCGAUCCAACUUCAAGAUUUUUAAUAAGUACUAGUGGGAAUAGAGGCUGGCAAGGUAAUUCUACUGAUACGACGCUUAUAUACGAUAUAGACUUAGAAUAG